GCGCUCACGCUGCAGCUGGGUCCCGCGCCGCUCUCUCUCUCGCGCGCGCUCGUCAGCGUCAGCGUCGCACCAACAACUCUACUAACACCACCACCGCCGUGGCGCCAGCCAGAAUUCCUCCCCCUUUUUCUCCUCCUCCUCCUCCGCGAGUGUGAGCCUAGAAACUGCGGCGGUUUUGGGCGCGAUUUGGUUUCCAACCACCUCGAUUGGAGUGCGCCGGCGGUGAUCCGGUUGGUCCAUGGCCGGUGGUGGAGGUAGGUGAGGGGGAGGGCGGCGGCGGCGGAGGAGGAGGGGUUUGGGGGGUCGUGGGAUGUGGGAGGUGGCGUGGUGGAGGCCCGGGACGUGGGGCGGGCUGGCGAUGCGGGUGGGGCAGGUCGCCUUCGCCGGAGCCUCCAUCGGCGUCAUGGCGUCCGGGGCCGGCUUCGCCAACUACACGGCCUUCUGCUACUUGAUUGCAUCAAUGGGAUUACAAUCAUUGUGGAGCUUGGGACUUGCAUGCCUUGACGUGUAUGCCUUGACAGUCAAAAGGGAUCUCAACAAUGCUCUUCUCGUGAGUUUGUUUGUCAUUGGAGACUGGGUAACUGCACUUCUGUCCUUUGCUGCAUCUUGCUCAGCUGGAGGUGUUAUGGUUCUGUUUAAAAGGGACGUGCUUUUCUGCAGAAGGUAUCCACAACUGCCUUGUGGGAGAUUCGAACUUGCUGUAGCGCUUGCAUUUUUGUCUUGGGCACUUAGUGCUACAUCAGCCAUUAUCAUGUUCUGUCUCCUUGCUGCAUUCUAGUCUUGCAUAUAAUCCUGUGUAAGUUCUGUUUAUAGUGCUGCCUUUUUUCUGUUUUAUCUUGUUAGCUUUGAUUUUGUAUAGGAUCAUUUUCAAGAAUAUGUAGUGAACCACACGACCGAAAAGUGGAAAUGCUGGGGAAGUUCAUAAGUCCUUUAGAGUGAACAUUUUCUAGAAACUACUGAAUGGAAGAUUUGAUCGAAAUGUUCAGCUCUUUCAUGUUGCAACUUCUGCUUCACAACA